CUUAAAAGUGCUGUGUCUGUGCCUCCCUCCCUCAUAUCGUCUGAGGCCUGGCUUCAAGGAUGGACUGUGCACUGCUGCUGCUGUCCCUGUGGGCUCUGACUGGAACGGUGUCCUUGCAGGCUCCAGGGUCAUGUCCGGAGAGACUUCUGGGAGAGGAAAGGAGAAGGACAUGUCCUCGGCCCUGCAAAGCUGACAGAGACUGUGGCAACAAGCGCCAGUGUCUGUGUGACGGCCAGUGUGGUCUCAGCUGUGUGGCUCCAGGUCGAACUUGUCCCUGGCCUCUACCCUCCAGUGAAAACUCAGUGACUCGUCUCCUCUCUCCCACUCACUCCUUUUCUGCCCUGCUUGAAGUGCGCUGCGUGCCGGGAUUCACGUUGCCCAGCGGCUUGGAUGUCACUAUUCGGCGUUGUCAAGGUGACCGACAGUGGAGUGGGGAUGAGCCCAUCUGCACAGAGGCUCAGUCAACCAAACCUGCCACUGACCAAACCUGCCCUCUACCUGAGGAAGUCAUCAACACCUUCAGCAUCCAGGGCGACGCCACUGUAGGAGCUUCCAUCCGCUACAGCUGCCUGUCUGGGUCAGAUGUAGUGGGGAGCAGUGAAAAUUUCUGCCAGGACAAUCAGACUUGGCAGUACCCUCACCCCAUCUGUAAAAAAGUGUACUGCCAGCCUCCUCCAGAGGUGGAGCAGGGCUAUGUGGUGGCUGUCCAGAAGACUGAAUAUGAAGUUGGCUUUGACAUCCACUACCUCUGCAAAAAGAACUUCCUGCUGGACGGACCCCAGAAGGUCACCUGCUUGUCAAAUGGCAGCUGGAGUGAAUCGCCCCCAUACUGCAGAGCUCGCUGUCUCAUCCCUGCUGAGCGAAGCCGUGUGGUGAUUGGUGGAGAGAAACGCUGGCCGUUUGACGUUACAGAUGCCUUGGUUCCUCACGGGGAAAAUGUAAUGUUCUUCUGCAAACAUCCUCGCAAGCAGUGCAGCUUCACUGUGACCCAGACCUGCUUUGAUGGAAAGCUGCAGCCACCAGCUUGCUACCUUGAGCCCACAUGGUUGCAGUAUAAACUCUUCCCUCACCGGCUGGUCUCAGAGAUUGAAGCAUGUGAGCCUGGUGAUGUGGAAUGAUGACCUGCGCGUCUGACCUCGACCGCGCCAACACUCUUGACACCUUGUCACAAUAUGAACACCCAUCACCCACCUCCAACCACCUUUGCUUCAACUGUCUAUGCUAUGAUUAUGGUGCGUUAGACACUGAAAUAUUUUUCCCAGCUCUCAUAGAUCAGCAGGCCAAGCUGUCUAUCCUGUGCUUGUUGUAUUGUGGGUUUGAACAACAGUGCUCACAGUCUUUGUCACUCUCUCCUGCAUACUAUCAAAUUGCAGGCUUAAUAAUUAUCUGCAAAUCCCUCAAUUAUUACUCCUCCAGCUCGAGCCAAUGCAGAGAUGCAAUCCAUAGGCCUUAGUGAUGAUGUAUAAAAUGCAUUAAUACAUGCUGUAUCAGUUAUGCCUGUGAAGACGUAGCCUAACUCAUAAUGACUUGACUCUGUGAUAUCUCACUGUGUGAUCUUUCUUCCCUCUGUUGAGAGCGACGCAUCAAGUCUUGAGACUUGUAAGUGGUAAUGAUUUUAAAAUAAAGUAAUAUCAAAAGUG